AUGGGUUAUAAUAAUCCUCCAAAUUAUAAAUGCGCCCGGCCUAAAUUUAACAUUGAGGAACUUAAUGAACACAAAGAUUUUUCUAAAUAUGCGGAAUAUCUUGCUCACAAGCAUGCAGAAACAUUACAUAAUCGAGAGUUUAAUCAACCUGUAGUUAAUGAAUGUAAUAACGAUCAAAUAAACAUAUUAAAUGCAAAUAUUAAAUGCACCCUGGAAAAUACUAUAAAGUAUAAGAACCUUUCAUCAACUUUACAAGCACAACAAUAUUGGCAUCCAAUUCUGGUUGAUGACUUUUGUUCUUCGAUGCAAAAGCAUCGUUAUUUAACAAAUUUGGAACCACCACGAAGUAAUCCUAAUAUAUUUUCAAAGUUGCAGCCCUUCCCCGAUCCUAUUUCUAAAACAAAUGAAGAUUGCUAUAUAUCAUUUAAUGAAAUAUACGGUAAAGAAACUAGUAAAAAAUACCGUCCAUCUUCCUUCCAAAAAGUCAAUACGUCUACAUCAUCAGCUACACCAUUUUUAAAUGACAAUAAUUGUAAUAUUACAAAGAGUGGCGAAGCUUUUCAAGACGUAGAAAAUAGUAUGAAUGAUGAUGACGAUAGCGAUAUAAAUGACACAGAGGAUUAUGACGAUAAGUCACUUACAGAACAAAAUGUGAAUAGUGGCCUUUCUUUAAAAGCAUUGUUUAGUCGUGUAUUUGUUAAUGCCAAACUUACCUGUUCAACACCAAUAGAAGUCCUAUAUUUUUCUUCUCGCCUUUAUCCGGAUGUUUGUUUCCAGUGUGGUGAUGCAGAAAUUCUUUCACCAACACCUGCUGGUGAACAACCGUAUUGUUCUGAAU